CACAAGCGACAACCAUCGUCGAGAAAUCAUUGCAGAAGGGUUACAAACAGAGACGCUCGCACCAUCACAGACCCGAUCGAAUGGAAAUUACGAAAGACGUUACCGAACGCUCUUUCUACAAGACUACAUGCGAUCGUUCCGGUGAUAACCAGAUCAACUGAAAAAGGGGGACGGCAAGAGUGGAAAUACAAUCUGAAAACUCCAUUUGCUUGACUCGAACACAGCAUUUACGUUACAUAGAGCAGUCAGAAGUAUUCAUGCACGCGCUCCGUCAGUGAGUUUGUUGGACUGUGCGCAGUAUUUUUAUUGACUCUCGAGAAAACAGACUGCUUAUUUCUCAUCAAUCAUUCAGCCAUUACAUUUGAAAGAGACAAAAGAGACAUAAUGGUGAACCCUGGAGGAAGUGCCCAGCCACCACCUGUCGGAGCAGGCUCUCUGUCGUGGAAGCGUUGUGCAGGCUGUGGGGGAAAGAUUGCAGAUCGGUUUCUCCUGUAUGCCAUGGACAGCUAUUGGCACAGUCGCUGUCUGAAAUGUUCUUGCUGCCAGGCCCAGCUCGGAGAGAUCGGCACAUCCUGCUACACCAAGAGUGGCAUGAUUCUUUGCAGAAACGACUACAUCAGGUUAUUUGGGAACAGUGGGGCAUGCAGCGCAUGUGGUCAGUCUAUCCCAGCCAGUGAACUGGUUAUGAGGACACAGGGAAACGUGUACCAUCUCAAGUGUUUCACAUGUUCUACCUGUCGGAACCGGCUGGUCCCUGGAGACAGGUUUCACUACAUCAACGGCAGCUUGUUCUGCGAACACGACAGACCCACAGCACUCAUCAACGGCCAUUUGAGUUCACUGCAGACUAAUCCCCUACUGCCUGACCAGAAAGUGUGUUAGGACGGUGGUGUUGCUCAAAGCAGGAUGUGUGCCUUCAUUUCAGUCCCUUGCUCAUUGUCGCUGAAGACCUUUCAGAUCUGCCCCCAUCCCACUUCUUUCCUCAAUCAACGAUAUUCAAACCAGAGCGCUAAUCUCAGGCUUGAGCUCCCCCUUGACCUGCAAUAGCCAGAGACCCCUUUUAACAGCCCUUUACUCCAAACUCCUGAAUCAUGGAUGGAAAAUACCCAUGAGGCCCUGUAGGGGGAACACUGAGGACUCUAUGAACUGACCAAGACGAGACUUUUAAUCCUGAGGGACUCAAAGUCUGACACAGAGAGUACAGAGAAAGACACCAGGCAACGGAUGUUUGGGGUAGAAAGGGUGAAAAAAUGACACUAAUGAACUGCAGCAUUUUUUGCAUUCAUCUGCGUACAUAACACUUGUUUCAACAUUACUGGGGGAAUACUGAAUUUUGUUUUCCUUUAUAUUUUUUGUCAUACGUUGUCUAUUCUCCUUUUCUUCGCAACAUGGUAUCUUCUCUUUCUAUAUUUUAGAUGUUGUAAAGGGAAUGUGUUUCAUUUUGGAUAAUAUAAAAAUCUUAAAGACUGGGUUCAGAGAAGUAUCCGUGGCUUUUUUGUGGAAAUCAAAUCAUGAACACUCUUGGUGUAUUUGUGAAACUACCAUGUACAGUACAGUAUGUAUGCAUGUAAAUGUUUUUGUCCCAUUGUGGCUACAGUACAUACUACACAGCUAAACCUGGUCCCUUGAACCUAAAACCAUGCAACCAACCAACAAAAAAUGAAGCUCAUACCUUUCAACAGUACAUGCAGAGUGAGAGAGAAUUUUAUUUGUGAUAUUUUCAGAGACAUUUGCUCCAAUAUGGUGUAUUUAAUAAAUAAAAAAAUGAGAUUUAAAAAAGUC